GCCAAUUGAGAUUUGUGUUCGCACUUGCUUUACGGAGUAUUUACGAAUCCCGGCCUUUAUCUACGUGAUGCUAGGUUCAAACUUAUCUACUGGCAGUCAGUCAUUUCAUGCGGUUUCUUCGGUCUCAAGGUUUGGUGAGGCCUCUCCGUAUCACCAGAACCCACCACUUUCUGUAUAUCCACGUUCGUUAUUGGAACAUGUUGUUAGCCUUGAUAUCGACCAUCAACCCGCAUAUGUCCGAAAUACUGGUAUAAUAUGCACCAUCGGUCCUGCUUGUCGCACUGUCGAGAUACUACAGAAUAUGAUGACAUCUGGAAUGAAUAUUGCCCGUCUGAAUUUUUCUCACGGCAGUCACGAAUAUCAUGCGAAAACCAUUGAGUUGGUCCGAGAGGCUGCCGCAACUUUAAAACCGUUCCCUCGACCAAUAGGGAUUGCUUUGGACACCAAGGGGCCUGAAAUUCGUACUGGCCUUAUUAACGGGAGUGGGACCGCUGAAGUCAAUCUUCAAGUUGGUCAUAAAAUCCGUGUAACCACUGAUUGCGCAUACAUGGAAGCGUGUAAUGAGUCUAUUCUGUAUAUGGAUUACCGAAAUAUUGUACAUGUUUUGUCUAAAGGAUCAAAGAUUUUCGUUGAUGAUGGUUUAAUAAGCUUAGUGGUUUUGGAUAAAGGUCCUGAUUACCUUGAAUGCGAAGUUGAAAAUGGUGGAAAGCUAGGGUCUCGUAAAGGAGUUAAUCUCCCAGGAGCCCAUGUCGAUUUAGAGGCAGUAUCAGAAAAAGACAAACAAGAUCUUCGUUUUGCAGUUGAGCAUAACGUUGACAUGGUGUUUGCCUCUUUCAUUCGGAAUGCUGAUGCUGUACACCAGAUCCGUCAACUUCUCGGUGAUAAUGGUUCCCACAUUAAAAUCAUCGCUAAAAUCGAAAAUCAUGAAGGCGUCCAACGAUUUAAUGAAAUCCUUGAUGCUGCUGAUGGAAUUAUGGUUGCUCGUGGUGAUCUAGGAAUAGAAAUCCCUGCUGAAAAGGUUUUCAUAGCACAAAAGAUGAUGAUUGGUCGCUGUAAUCAGGUUGGGAAGCCUGUGAUAUGUGCCACACAAAUGUUGGAGUCAAUGACUACUAAGCCUCGUCCAACACGUGCUGAAUCAAGUGACGUUGCUAAUGCCGUACUUGAUGGUGCAGACUGUGUUAUGCUUUCAGGAGAAACGGCCAAAGGAUUAUAUCCAUUAGAGGCUGUACAAACUAUGCACCGUAUAUGUGUACAGGCUGAGGCAGCAAUGUUUCAUGGACAAUUGUUUGAAGAUUUGAAGUCUUCUUUAUAUGGUCCAACUGAAAUGGCUCACACCACUGCAAUUGCUGCAGUAGAAGCUGCUAGUCGUUGUAAUGCUGCCGCUAUCAUUGUGAUUACAACAUCUGGCCGUUCAUGCCAACUAAUCUCACGUCAUAGACCUCGUUGCCCAAUUCUCACUGUGACACGUCAUGAAUAUAUUGCUCGUCAAAUUCACCUUUAUCGUGGCGUUCAUCCUCUGUAUUAUGGUGAACCACGAGCUGGAGAAUGGUACGAAGAUAUGGACCGUAGAAUUCGUUAUGCUAUUGAUUAUGGUAGAAAGCGUUCAUUUUUCUCGCCUGGGUGCUUCGUAAUAAUCGUAACUGGUUGGAAAGCUGGUUCCGGUUCUACAAACACACUUCGUGUUGUCAAACUAGAAGAUGCAGAAACUAAGCCAAUAGUUAUGGUGCCAAGUAUCACACACUUUGAUGAUUAGGUUAACUUAUAUAAUUGAUUAUUCAAAUGAUGGGACUUUAUCACAAACACUUUUUCAGUUCUUUUAGUUUCAUCGUAUGUACUUCAAUUUAGUCAUGUUCCGUUCCUUACCCUCUUAAUCACAGAAAUUCUUGUCAUUUAUAUUAAUAGAUAUAACCUUCCAGCUGAAAUUCGUUUUAUUCAACUAUAAUUGUCUAAAUACUUUGUGCAAGCAUCACUUAAUACAUGUGUAUGUGUGUAGUCGUCUUUUUUAGUGGACCUAUGGUUGUACUUCUUUACUUUCCUCUUUUCACGCACGCAACUUAGAAAUGUCUGAAAAUUUAUAAAAUAACAUUUUAUUUUUUGUCAAAUCAAGUCAUUGAUUAAUCAUUUUCCUGCAUGUGUGCGUCAUAUUAAAAUAAUUGUACGCAAUAUACUUUCCAGAU